AUGAGGAGGGAUAAUCAGAGCAGUGUGUCCGAGUUCCUCCUCCUGGGGCUCCCCAUCCAGCCAGAGCAGCAAGGCACGGACAACGACCGGUUCCUGGGCAUGUACCUGACCACGGUGCUGGGGAACCUGCUCAUCAUCCUGCUCAUCAGGCUGGACUCUCGCCUGCACACCCCCAUGUACUUCUUCCUCAGCCACUUGGCCCUCACCGACAUCUCUUUCUCCUCAGUCACGGCUCCAAAGAUGCUCAUGAACAUGCUGACGCACACUCAGUCCAUCUCCUAUGCUGGGUGCAUUUCCCAGGAAUUUUGUUUUGUUUUGUUUGCAGAUCUUGACAACUUCCUUCUGACCUCAAUGGCCUAUGACAGGUAUGUUGCCAUCUGUCACCCCCUGCAUUAUCCCAGAAUCAUGAGUCAGAACCUCUGCUUUCUGUUAGUAAUUGUGUCUUGGGUCUUAUCCUUUGCCAAUGCUCUUUUGCAAACUCUACUUCUAAGGAAGAGCAUGAGGAGGGAUAAUCAGAGCAGCGUGUCCGAGUUCCUCCUCCUGGGGCUCCCCAUCCAGCCAGAGCAGCAAGGCAUGUACUACGCCCUGUUCCUGGGCAUGUACCUGACCACGGUGCUGGGGAACCUGCUCAUCAUCCUGCUCAUCAGGCUGGACUCUCGCCUGCACACCCCCAUGUACUUCUUCCUCAGCCACCUGGCCCUCACUGACAUCUCUUUCUCCUCAGUCACGGCUCCAAAGAUGCUCAUGAACAUGCUGACGCACACUCAAUCCAUCUCCUAUGCUGGGUGCAUUUGUCAGGACUUUUUUUUCUUAUUGUUUGGGGGUCUCGACAGCUUCCUUCUGACCUCCAUGGCCUAUGACAGGUACGUGGCCAUCUGUCACCCACUCCACUACACCACCAUCAUGAAUGACAGCCUCAUUUUCCUGCUAGUCAUUGUGUCCUGGGUUUUAUCCUUUGCCAGUGCCUUUGUGCACACCCUCCUCCUAGCCCGUCUUUCAUUCUGUGGAGACAACACUCUCCACCACUUCUUCUGUGACCUCUCUGCCUUACUUAAGCUGUCCAGCUCAGACACCACUGUCAAUGAGCUGGUCAUCCCCACUCUAGGAACAGUGGUCAUUACCCUGCCAUUUAUAUGCAUUUUGGUCUCUUAUGGCCACAUUGGGGCCACCAUCCUGAGAAGACCCUCCAUCAAGGGCAUCUGCAAAGCCUUGUCCACAUGUGGCUCCCACCUCUCUGUGGUUUCUCUGUACUAUGGAGCCAUUAUUGGACUCUAUAUUGUCCCCUCAUCCAAUACCACUAAUGACAAGGAUGUCAUUGUGUCUGUGUUGUACACUCUGGUCACCCCCAUGCUGAAUCCUUUCAUCUACAGUCUGAGGAAUCAAGAUAUUAAAGGAGCUAUCAGAAACAUCCUGAGGAGAGGACCAUUUGUAGCAUGA